AGGGGCUGAGGGCACAGGGCACAUUUAGCCUUGAGCUGAGGAAGAGACAAGGUGUCAGAGCCCACACACAGACUGCUGGAGGAACCUCAUCAUGGAGUCACCUUGUUCCUGGUGGCUGCCCCUCGCCUGGGAGGGUUUCAGCAAGGUGCCCUUGUGAGCUUCCACUGCAAGUCUGGCUGUGAGGACUGGAGUCUGGGGCUCUGGGGCACUGAGGCUGCACAGGGACUCUGCCCUCCCUGCACCCCCUGUGCCUGGUGAGCAGGAGGCAGAGGAGGUGGAUGGAUGCCAACAGCACGGCCCGUGAGUGCUGGUCGGUGUCGGCGGUGCCGGGGAGCGUGGCCGGCGGGGCCGGAGCCAACGGCACCAGGUGCUUUGCAGAACACGUCCCCGAGAUCGUGACGGGUGGCACCACGCUGCUCAUCUGCCUCUGUGGGCUGCUGGGCAACGGGACCAUCCUUUGGCUCCUCAGCUCCCGCGUGCGCAGGAACCCUUUCAGUGCCUACCUGCUGAACCUGGCCGUGGCCGACUUCACCUUCCUGCUCUGCACCUCGGCUUUCCUGGUCAUCUACCACAUGCCCAUGCUCAGCUGCUUUCAGCCACAGCUUUUGCGGGUGCUGCCGCUGUUUCACUCCAUGGUUCUGCUCACCUACAGCAGCAGCCUCUAUCUCCUCACGGCCAUCAGCGUGGAGAGGUGUGUGGGUGUCCUCUGGCCCUUCUGGUGCCGGUGCCACCGCCCGAAGCUCCUGUCAGCCGUCACCUGCAGCCUGCUGUGGGCCCUGGCUUGUGUCCUUGCCGGGCUGGUGUACUUUGUGUGUGACCUGGGUCACUCUGAACACUGCUGGAUGGUUCUUGGAACCUUGUGCUUUCUCAACUUCUGUUUCUUCACCCCCUUGAUGGUUCUUUCCAACGUGAUCGUCUUCGUCAAGCUCAGGCGUAGCUCUUGGCAGCAGCACCCGGUGAGGCUGUACACCGUCAUCUUCCUCACCGUUUUCUCCUUCCUCCUCUUCGGCAUCCCACUUAGCAUCCAGAUCUUCAUCAACUUCUUUGUCUACAUUAAUUUGGUCUUUGAGAUCUGCCUCUUGCUGGCCUCUUUCAACAGCAGCAUCAACCCAGUUAUUUAUGUCCUGGUUGGGAGCUACGGGAAGUCCAAGUUCAGGAGAUCCGUCAAAGUGGCUCUUCAGAGGGUCUUUGAAGACAGAGCAGAUUCCCAAGAGGUGGGUGAGAGCCCUGUGAUGGGAACUGCUGCCUAAACCCCUCUGGCUGCAGACUGGCACCCAUGGCAGCAGAGCCCUUGCCCACCUGGGUGAGCAGGACUGGCAGUGGGUAGUCACACAUCGCCCAGGACACGGCCACACUCGAUGACAUUCCCGUGGGCAGGGUUGGUUCCCACCUCAAACUUAUCUGUAAGUUACUUGAAUAAAAGCCUUUUUCAUGUAA